AAAACUACUUAAUGAUAGAGUAUAAAGGUCUUGAGCCUAAAGUAAUAAAGGAUUAUGCAAGAUUUAUGGUCAUGAGCAAUUAUGAUGCUCCACUUCAGAUAGAAAUAGAAGAUCAUCAUAUUUAUCCUGAUGUGCCAAGUGUAGUUAUAGCCUAUUUACUUAGUCUUGAUCUUUCAAAUUGGAGUCCACAAGAGAUCCUAUCUACUAAAAUGAAAGUUGAUUUAAUACAAAAUAGAGAAAAACUAUUGACUAGUAAAGUUGCUGAAAAGAAAUUUUCUCAAAUUGGAAUUGAGACUAAGUUCUGUGAAUCUGGCCUAAGUGAUAUCAAAGAAUUUUCUGAUACACCUCAAUCUGACUUACCUGAAAAUGAGACAGCAGACAUACCCAUAUUCAAUAUACUAGAAAUUCUAAUAAAUACGCCUUCUAAAGAAACUGAUUCUUCUAAGCCUAUUAAUAAAGUACUAUCUGCUAUACUUCUAAGCAGGGCCCAGCAUAAAAAGCAUCUCAGAAAAAGGGCAAUUGAACUUAGUAAGAAUCCUAAUAUAUUUGUAACUAUUACAAAAAAGGAUAGGCUUAACUCUAUUGCAUUCUGUGAUAAAAUAAAAACUGAUGCUUGGAUAUGCGGUUAUGCAAAAAAGAAGAAAGAAAAUGCUAAAGAAUAUAUGGAUAUGUUAGUGCGGAAAAGAUUGAUAGAAGAAGAAAUAAUCUAUUAUGAUCUUGAAAAUAAGGAGACCACAUCCUCCUAG